AUGAUAAUACCUUAUCUUGCCCGUAUUGUAUUACUUUUACCUGAAUUAUCACCUACCCAGACGGAUCAUCUGGCAGAUAUCAUUGAAGAGCAGAAAUCGAAUGGCAAAGAAAGCGAACGAAAUCAUAUUCUUGAUAAUCGUAAACCAUGCAUUCAAGUUAGUGCCGAGUUACGGAAAAAAUUGAUACAGGAUCUAUUCGAUGAGCGAACGUACGAUAAGAAUAUAUUACCAUCGGAUAAUUCAGUUGAAGUAAUAGUGGAAUUGACAGUACAAAGCAUAACAGAAAUCAGCGAAAUAUCGAGCAGUUUCAAAGCCGAUAUAUGGUUCAGCCAAAUAUGGCACGACCAACGACUCGAUUUUAGGCAUUUGAAUUACUGUUUGCGGAAUUUAUCAUUGGCCGCUCAUAAGUUACCCAAUCUGUGGACUCCAAAUGUUUGCCUUGUCAACACUAAAAAAGUAACAAUACAUACAUCACCAUCACAAAAUAUUCUUCUGUUAGUAUUUCCUAAUGGAACAGUAUGGCUCAAUUACAGGAUCAGUUUGCAAGGACCAUGCCAACUUGAUUUAACUAAUUUCCCCAUGGAUAUACAACAAUGUAAACUCAUCUUCGAGAGUUAUUCAUAUAAUAAAGCAGAAGUGAGAAUAGUUUGGCGUGAUUGGGAACCCAUAUCGAUUGAUAAUCCAAGUACUGAAAAUCUGCCCGACUUUACACUCAUACAUUCUGAAAACAAAAAUACAACACUUCUUUAUACAGCCGGUCAAUGGGACCAACUGGAAGCUAUUUUCACUUUUCGUCGUCUCUAUGGAUACUAUGUUUUACAGGCUUACAUGCCUACAUAUUUAUCAGUAUUCAUAUCAUGGAUAGCAUUUUGGAUUGAUACAAAAGCUUUGCCAGCACGCAUAACGCUCGGUGUUAGCUCAUUGAUGGCAUUAACUUUUCAGUUUGGUAACAUUAUCAAAAAUUUACCACGUGUAUCAUACGUGAAGGCACUGGAUGUAUGGAUGUUUGGCUGUGUUGGCUUUAUCUUCUUGUCCCUUGUCGAGCUGGCAAUUGUUGGAUAUGUGGAUAAGUUAGACUUGAGAAAAAGACGUGUACGAGUUCGAGAAUUCAACUUUCGAAAUCACACCGAACCAUGGAACAUGAAACCGACAAAAAAUGAUUCAAAUAAUCGAAAUAUUCAUGAUAAUAAUAGCAGUUUGGGAACACACUGGUCACCCGAUUAUCCAACCAGACAGAUGCAACGGGAGAGCUUCUUUCGCCGUAUUCCAAGCGCUGAAGAGCCGAGAAAAACAGACGGAGAAAAAAUUGACGAGAUUUCCGGCAAAACUUUUCCGAUGCUAUUUAUUGCUUUCAAUAUGUUUUAUUGGUUUUACUAUAUUGGCAUAUAUAGAAGAUCCAUAAAAUAA